AUGCCUUCUCCGUCAAUGCACGCGUACAACAUCCUCCUUGCCGCUUCCCCACCCCGGUUAGCUCUUGAGAUUCUCUCUGGCCUCCUCGCCUCCGGGUUCCGCCCUGAUUGCUAUGCUGUCCCUGCGGCGCUCCGGGCGUGCGCCGAGCUCCAGGACCAGCAUCUUGGUGCCGCGCUCCACGGAUUUGCCAUCCAGCUAGGUUUUCUUGCCAAUGUUGUUGUCACCAGUGCACUUCUAGACAUGUAUGCUAAGGCUGGUCUCCUAGUCAGUGCCGUGAGGGUGUUUGACGAGAUGCCAGAGAGAGACUCUGUUGUGUGGAAUUGCAUGGUUACCGCUUAUGCAAGGGCCGGGAUGGCCACGGAAACCCUGGAGCUCUUCAGGAGAGCUCAAGUGGAGGCGGUGAACAUGGUGAGAGAUCUGCGGGCUGUGCCGAGCGUGCUGAGUAUCUGUGGGAAGGAAGGGGAGCUGAUGAAGGGGAGAGAAGUACAUGGCAGGAUGGUCCGAUGCCUUGCAUUCGAUUCGGAUGUCCCAAUUGGGAACGCGCUGAUCGACAUGUAUGCAAAGUGUGGGCACGUGGACGCGGCGCGAGCGGUGUUUGCAGGCAUGCAGGAGAGGAAUGUGGUGAGCUGGUCAACGCUGAUAUCUUGCUUUGGUGUUCAUGGCAAGGGAAAAGAGGCAUUGGGAGUCUACAAAAAGAUGUUGUCUGAGAGGGUGAAGCCAAAUUGCAUUACCUUCACGUCAGUUCUUUCGAGUUGCAGCCACUCAGGGCUAGUGACUGAUGGCCGGAUGAUCUUUAACUCAAUGAGUAGGUUUCAUGGUGUAGAGCCCACUGCUGAGCACUAUGCGUGUAUGGUUGAUCUCUUGGGACGUGCUGGAGCUAUUGAAGAAGCUAUCAGGUUUAUAAAGAAGAUGCCUAUGGAACCUUGUGCUAGUGUAUGGGGAGCCCUACUCUCCGCUUGCGCCAUGCAUACUAAUGUCGAUGUUGGAGAAAUCGUAGCCUAUAGGCUGUUUGAGUUAGAACAAGGCAAUGCUAGUAAUUAUAUCACUCUCUGUGGAAUUUAUGAUGCAGUCGGUCAGCUUGAUGGUGUUGCAGGAUUGAGAUCAAGGAUGAAGGAACUUGGUAUGGUGAAGACACCUGGGUGCAGCUGGGUUGAUGUGAAGGGAAGAGCUCAUGCCUUUUACCAAGGGAGCAUCCCACGUUAUUUGAGGAGACGAAAUCUUUGGAUUUUAGAUCGGCUGCUCAAGGAUAUGGGCAAUUCAGAAUCUGAAUAUGGCCAUGCGUACCAAUAUUAUGAGUCAAGUUAG